UACUGAUUUGGGAACUUUUUAGGGUUAGGGUUUGUAUCUCCCCAUCGUUCCGACCUUGCUGAUUCCUACGUUGUCAUUGUUGCCAAGACCCUGAUAUUCUACUAUAAUAUUUUUGCUUAUCGUUGUAGCGGCAGAGUAUCGAAGAGGGGGCAAUAGGGCGCAAUCGAAAGACGACAUGGGGAAGCGGAGAGAUUCCGCGAGCAGCUACGACGACGAGGAGGCUAAUGGAGACCUCAGCUUGGAAAUCGUUCGGAAAUCCAUGCGCCGAGCGGUCAAUAAUGAUCCGCGGACGGAUGGGGUUUCUGAAAUUGUUACGGUUUUGAAGGAAGAAAAGAAGAGGAAGGAGAAAAGGAAGAAGAAAAAGAGCGACGAAAUUGGAGUGGAUGUCGAUUCUGGUAUAGACCUGAACGAAACAGUAGUGAAGUUGGAAGAAGAGGAGAGGAAAGCGGAGAAAAGGAAGAAGGCGAAGACCCAUGACGUUAAAGCUCCUGAUGAUUCUGGAGAUCAUGGGAAGGAUGAUGAGAAGCCACUGCCUGAUAAAGCAAUUGAUGCCUCACUUAAUGCUGAUGAAACAAAACCUGCCGAGUCAUCAGACAAUGUUGUUCUGAGGAAGCUUCUUAGGGGGCCUAGGUACUUUGAUCCUCCAGAUAGUAGUUGGGGAACAUGCUACAAUUGUGGGGAAGAGGGUCAUACAACGGUCAACUGUACAGCUGCUAAGCGCAAGAAGCCCUGCUUUGUCUGUGGGAGCUUUGAACAUAAUGCAAAACAAUGCUCCAAGGGACGGGAUUGCUUUAUCUGCAAACAGCAUGGUCACCGUGCAAAAGACUGUCCUGACAAAUUCAAAAGUUCUAGGAUAUGUCUUAAAUGUGGAGAUCCAGGGCAUGAUAUGUUCUCGUGUAGAAAUGACUAUUAUUCAGACGAUCUCCAGGAGAUACAAUGUUACAUUUGUGGAAGGUUUGGUCAUCUGUGUUGUAAAAAUUACAGCGAUGGUGGUCCUCAAGUGCUUUCAUGCUACAGAUGUGGUCUUACUGGCCAUUCUGGUUUGGCGUGCACGUGGCAACCGGGAGAUACAGAGGACAUGGUACCUUCACAUUCUUGCUACAGAUGUGGUCUAGAAGGGCAUUUUGCUCGGGAAUGCACCAAUUCAACCAAGGCUGGUAAGAGACAUCGGGAACCUUCAACACCAAAACAGAAGUCUUCUAAGAAUAGGGAUAAAAGGGACACAAGAUCUGCACCUCAAGAUCUCGCAAAGGCACGCAGGAAGAAGAAAUCUCAGCAUCAAGAAUUUGCUUCACCUAAAAAGCCAAAAUCCAGAGGUGGCUGGAUCACCGAAGAUCCUGAUUCUGAACCUGAAUACACUUACCACAGUAAAUCCAAAUCGAAGAACUGGAGAUCUCCAAGCACCCCUAAGAGUAGAUGGGCUAAACUCCCGAGCUCAAAUGGCGGUUAUGCAUCCGCCUCCCAUUCUUCAAAAAGGCCUCGCAACCUUAAUUAUGAUGAUUCAGCCUCCAAUGGGCAAACAAGAUUUCAUCGGCCCAGAUAUUCUGCUUCAAGAUUCGACAACGCGAGCAGGAACAACAGCAACAACAGGAUGGGAAGAAACUACGACUGGUGAUUAUGAUGAUUCAGUGUAGAGAGUUAAUUCAUUCUUCUUGAGAUAUAUAUAUAUAUAUUUAUGCAAAAUUGCAAUUUCUGCAUUCCCCGGUAAAAUGUGCAAUGCAAUUUGGGGCUUGCAGGCUCGAUAUAUAUACUACGGUUGCAUCAACGCACUAGGUUAGAUAGAUCGUAUGUCCGUUCGUUGGUUGUGCGGAUUUAUAAGGAUUGUAACCUGUACCUGCUGCUUCUUACAGUUCACUUGUAUUAAGAGACGCUCUUCACUUGUAUAAGGAUGGUUUUUUGUGUA